AACAGUCAAGGUCUUUUCCCGUGUGGCUGUUGGCUCAUAUCUUCACCGUCUUCCUCUGUUUUCACAUAAAUUCAGAAAAAGGUUGUUGUUUAUUUAUUUGUUUUAUCGUGCUGCUGGAGCAGGGAGGAUGCCUACGGAAAGGACGAAGGACCAUGGAGCCGAAGAGCUUCACAAACAUUAUAGAGUUUAUGAGACUAUCGGCUCAGGAGGCUUUGCUAAGGUCAAGCUGGGUCAACACAUCUUGACCGGGGAGAAGGUUGCCAUUAAAAUCAUGAACAAGAAAGAUCUUGCGGAUGAUUUGCCCCGUGUGAAAGUGGAGAUCGAAGCCAUGAAGAACCUGAGUCAUCAACAUGUCUGUCGACUGUACCAGGUCAUAGAGACUUCCACGCAGAUUUUCAUGGUGCUGGAGUACUGCCCUGGUGGGGAGCUGUUUGACUAUAUCAUAGCGAAGGACCGUCUGUCAGAGGAAGAGACCAGAGUGUUCUUCAGACAGAUCGUGUCUGCGAUGGCGUAUGUCCACAGCCAAGGAUACGCACACAGGGACCUGAAACCGGAAAACCUGUUGAUUGAUGAGGACCAUAACUUGAAGCUUAUAGACUUUGGCCUGUGUGCCAGACCCAAGGGAGGUUUGAGUUACGAGCUGAUGACGUGCUGUGGGAGCCCUGCGUACGCUGCUCCUGAACUCAUCCAGGGAAAAGCUUAUAUUGGCUCAGAGGCUGAUGUAUGGAGUAUGGGAGUGCUGAUGUUCGCUCUGCUCUGUGGAUACCUGCCUUUUGAUGACGACAACUGCAUGAUCCUCUACAGGAAGAUUACAAGAGGUAAAUACGACAACCCCAGGUGGCUCUCUCCGGGUACCAUCCUCCUCCUCAACCAGAUGAUGCAGGUGGACCCCAAGCGGCGUGUGACAGUCCGACAGCUGUUGGACCAUCCCUGGGUGAUGAAAGACUACAACAGCCCCGUGGAGUGGUUCAGCAAGCAGCCGCUUUGCCACAUAGAUGAAGACUGCAUCACUGAGAUGGCAGUCAACAUGAAGCGAUCGAGAGAGAGCACCACAGCGCUGGUGAAGGAGUGGCGGUACGACCACACCACAGCCAUCUACCUGCUGCUGCUGUCAAAGAAGCAGAGAGGAAAGCCUGUCCGCCUGCGCCCUGAACCAGCUGGCUGUGAGGACUCCUGCUCCCCUCUGCACCAGGGACUACAGACAAGGGAAGCCCUCCACUUCAGUGAGGAUGAAGAUGCUGUGAUCGUGGGCUCUUUGGAUCUUUGCUCAGAGUACAUCGACGACUGCCCGUGGGUUUCGGUCCCACAGCACACACCUCAAGGAGUCAGAGGUCGACCAGACGGAACCACAAACAAAGACACGAGGCUGACGUCUCCAUCGGUGGAGAGAAGGUGCGCUUACAGCCCGAACCCAGAACGGGGGCGGGCAACACCGCGCCGCCAGGAGAGGGGGGAGAACAAGGAGAACAAGGAGAACAGCGGUGACAUUUUUGCGUUGCCGCCCCCUCGCACUCCCGUAUCCAGUAAGAAGAACGCACGCCCCAACAAGAAUGUGUUGACCACCCCCAACCAAAACACCAACACCAGUGGCACCAAAUCCAACGCGGUCACUCCUAAAGGUGGAAGCAGUGCAUCCAAAGAGCACAAUAAAAAGGGAGCAGCAGAAAACAAGGAUUCUGCAAACCUUGAAAUUCUGGCCUUCAGUCCAGAGCGAAGGUCGAGGUCUCUGGACAUGGCUGUCAAAGGAGACAGUGGGGGGAAGAAGAAGAGAGGAGGUAAAGUGUUUGGUUCCCUGGAGAGAGGCCUGGAUAAAGUGAUCACCAUGCUCACACCGAGUAAGAGGCGAGGCCUGCGUGACGGUCCUCGUAAGAUAAAGGCACAAUAUAACGUGACUCUGACCAGUCAGACCAAUCCAGACCAAGUCCUGAACCAGAUCCUCUCCAUUCUGCCCGAGAAAAACAUUGACUUCACUCAGCAAGGAUACACCCUGAAGUGUCAGACCUGGGGUGACUUCGGUAAAGUGACCAUGGCGUUUGAGCUGGAGGUGUGCAUGCUGCAGAGGCCGGAGGUUGUUGGCGUGCGCCGCCAGAGGCUGAAGGGAGACGCGUGGGUCUACAAGCAUCUGGUGGAGGACGUCCUCUCCACAUCCCGUAUCUGAACUGCACUUUCUCGGCGACUGCUUCUAAAUACAUGGACACUUUGCAUUUCUGCAACCAGGAAUUAAGAAUGGCUGAAAAAAAAAAAUCAGACGUACAAAGGUGUCUUUGCACAUCAAUGACCAGUCCUUCAUUAUUGCUUUGGAAUAUUUUAAAUUGUCCUCAGGCCUGCCUACAAGCCCCAGAAUACAUGUUACAUAAUAUUCAUAGAUUUAAUGUAUCAGGAUCGUCUACAAUGUAUGUUUUACAUAGAUUAUUAAUUAUUAAGCUAAACCUAAUCGCUGCCAGUCCUCUUGAGAUGAAUGAGCGUGUAUCAAAUUUAACAGGACUAUUUACCUUCCAGGUGUUUACUACAAUAUUUAUGUGGUGAUGCUAUAAAUCUCCCCUGUAGGUCUCAUUAACACACAUUAGCACGCAGAGCAUUUCUAAUUUACUGUCAUUGUUUUUAAUGUGCACAUGUUUACAGUUGUUUUAUGUGGUUAUAUGAAGUGUCUGUUUUUAUUUCUUAUCUGUGUUUCUCUCAUCUUAAAGUGUCUCGUUGUGUCUCUAAAAAGAGCAAAAUAAAUUAGUUCUUCGCUUACGGA